AUGCAAACCCCCCGGAGUUCGGCGAUCACCGUGACCGCGGGAAGCAUCAUCCCAGCCGGACUCCGUCUAGGUCCUGUACAGGGCAUUUUUAGGCUGGGGAAAUAUAUGUCCGAUCGCAAGGAGCAUUGCAACAAGAAGAAGGUGCGCUUUGUUAGAGGGGAUUUGGUUGACGAAGCCGGCGACUCUGUCCCGGAAUGGACAGAGUUAAUCCGACCAGCCAGGCAUAUCCAAGAACAGAACCUGGAAGCAAUCACCGACCUUCCAGGGGGACAGAUUUUUUACAGAACACUGAGGGAUAUCCAGCCCGGAGAGGAGUUAGCAGCUUGGUACUCCAGUUCUCUAGCUCAGUGGUUCGAUAUACCAACCACAGCCACACCGACACACGAUGAGAAAGGUGAGGAGCGUUAUAUUUGUUGGUACUGCUGGAGAACAUUCAAAUAUCCGAACACAUUAAAAGCUCAUAUCCACUUCCAUUGCACUCUGAGUAGCAGCAGGGGCUUCAUCAACAACGACCAAUGCAGAAUUUCGGAAACUUUCAGCAGAUCGCCGAAGACUGCAGAAAUAUCUAGUUCAUCAACCCUGAGGAAUGGCCAUCAAAUCUCAUCCGUAUCCACAGAGGAGGUUAAACGACCAAUUUCGCCAUUUCUGGCCAAAGUGGCUGUGACCAAGAAAUCAGGGGGUGCUGAGGAUGAGCAGGACAGGGCCUUGGACAUGAGUGUUAAUUCAGCCAGAAGCCAUGCUCCUCUGACGACUAUCAGCGGGACUUCUUCAAUAGUCAAUGCAAUGGGUUUUCACCCUGGGAUUAGAUCGGCAUUCAAACCUACGGGAUUAUCAAAAUUGAUAUCUUCUGAGCCAAGCGGAGACAGCAGUAGCAAAUCAAACGGAAUGGGAUUCAAUAAACUUCUCACCAGCAUGAAGCCACCACGUUCUACCAGCGAGACCAUGGUAGGAAAUCACCCUUCCAAAUGUAUCCAUUCAAUAGAACCCCCUGCCCCGGCACUCCCCUGCAGCAAUACAACGAGAGGGUUUCCUUUAUUUACUAACUUUGAAGAGACGUCUGCAUUCAAACAUGUCGAAAGGGGCCUUCACACCAGUUUGUCUCCGAGUCGUUGCACCCCAAUUCCAACCGGCGUUCAUUUUGAGAGGUUCUCCAUCCCUCCAUUUGAAGGAGUCAAGCCAUUCUCCGGGGAAUGCAACAUUCCCAUCAUGCCCUUGACAGUGUACAAUGGCGAAUUUCUCUACAGCCCUCCCUAUUACCCCUUAAAAUUCCACUUCAGCAACUUGAUCAAAUACCCAGAGACUGUCACCUACUUUGGCGCCCCAUCUCUCAACCCGGAACUUGGCUCCAUCACCAAUAUUGAUCGAGAAAUUGCAAUGCACACCCAACAACUGACAAGCAUUGCUGCAGAAAAGAACAGAUCCAGACUGGAGUCCAUGUCCACCACCACCACUUCAAGUGGCAAGCCCAAAAAAGGCCACCUCUGCUUAUACUGUGGAAAACUAUAUUCUCGUAAAUACGGCCUGAAAAUUCAUAUGCGGACACAUACAGGCUACAAACCUUUAAAGUGCAAAGUCUGCCUUCGACCUUUUGGAGAUCCCAGCAACCUCAACAAACAUAUCCGUUUACACGCGGAGGGAAACACGCCUUAUAGGUGUGAAUUCUGUGGCAAAGUGCUAGUGCGUCGCAGGGAUUUGGAGAGGCAUGUUAAAUCGAGACACCCAGGGCAAAGUAUGCACAAAGCAGAGAGCAAAAUGGAACGUUCCUUGGACGAGGCCGAGCAGAAAAGUGACCACAGCAAUGAGAGCGACGUGGAUGUGUGUUUUACUGACGAUCAGAGCGACCAAGAUUCAGGAAGGAACAAUGAUCAGUGA